CCCUGACCCCCCAGCCGGCUCCUGGACCAGCUCCUGGCUUCCCAAGGACAGACAGGCUGAAGGCCCUUCUGUGAGGGACCUGAGGCCAGCAUGGGGAAGCUGGUCCAUUUCCGGGCGCAGGGGGGGCGGCUCCGUGCAUGGAGGGUCCGCUGCCGUCGUCGCCUCCUCUUCCUCCUGGGGGCACUGCUCCUGGGCUCCGCCUGUCAGCACCUGUGGAUGCCCCAGGCUCCCCCCUCGCUCUGGGCCGGCUUCUCCCUACACUCCCCCGUCAGACUGGCCCGCCGGGACCUCUCUGGCCAUAGUGGAGAGCCCCACAAAGUCAGCUUGCACGAGGAAGGGAAGAGCCUGGCACCCCAGACCGCAGAGGGCAAGGAGGGGCUAGUGCCGAGUCCCCACAAGCCCCCCAGAACGGCAGCCACUCUCACCCCAGCUGCACCCCUGCACAGCCACGGCCCCAUAGCCACAGCCGUGGGAAGCGUGGAGAAGGGCGUCCCGGUAGCCUCCCGUGGGGGGCGGAAUCAACGCACCCCAAUUUCCACCAGACUCUCAGGCAGGAGAGACCCCUCAGCUCCAGGGAAAGUGCGGAGAAAGGGGAGGAGGACCUCCCCAGCCCCCCUGGGAGGGACAGGGAGCAUACAGCCUCUCUCCACUGUCGUGACCUUGGCAGGAAGCCACAGGGUCACCCCCAGAGCAACAGAGGGCUACAGAGAAGCCGUGACACUUCACAGGACACGGGGGACCCCGCCUCCCUUGGGCGCUGGGAGGAAGCCCACCCCACCCACUCCCAGCACUUCUGAGGGGACCCUGCAGAAGAGCACCCCAACAGUUGCUGACACUCCGCCUUUCCUGAGGAAUGCCACAGACACAGCCAUCUUGACCCCCACGGAGCAAACAGGAGGACAGACCUCCCCAGACACCCCCGGAUUGAUGAACCACAUCAGCUCAACUGAACCCCAGCGCCCCCCGACCACCCUCCAGGGAAGGCUCUUGGGGCACACGUCAGCUGCCUCCGGGGGACAAGAGACACCGGACACGGCGACAUCCCGCCCCCAAACCCAGACCUCCAGCAGUGAGCCUGCCACUUUGGGGGGCCCUUCGGAGGCGUCCUCCCCCAGGCCCGGGUCCCUUCCGGCCCCCCAGGUCCCCCGCUGCCCGGCCGUGCCCAGCGCCCCUUCACCCGGCCCCAGCCCGACCGCAUCCCCCGAGCCCCCCGGGCCGCCCCACCCGCAGGGCGAGUUCCCCCCGGACCUGUUCAGCGUGGAGGAGAGACGGCGGGGCUGGCUGGUGCUGCACGUCCUGGGCGUGGGCUACGUGUUCGUGGCCCUGGCCAUCGUGUGUGACGAGUACUUCGUGCCGGCCCUGGGCGUCAUCACCGAGAAGCUGCAGAUCUCGGAGGACGUGGCGGGGGCCACCUUCAUGGCGGCGGGCGGCUCGGCGCCCGAGCUGUUCACCUCGCUCAUCGGCGUCUUCAUCGCGCACAGCAACGUGGGCAUCGGCACCAUCGUGGGCUCGGCCGUCUUCAACAUCCUCUUCGUCAUCGGCACCUGCUCCCUCUUCUCGCGCGAGGUGCUGCACCUCACCUGGUGGCCGCUCUUCCGAGACGUGUCAUUCUACAUCCUGGACCUGCUGCUGCUCAUCGGCGCCUUCCUGGACAGCCGCGUGGCCUGGGGGGAGAGCCUGCUGCUGCUGCUGGCCUAUGCCGCCUACGUGCUCGCCAUGAAGUGGAACCGGCCGCUGGAGCGCUGGUUCAAGGAGCAGCUGGCCAGGUGGCCCGGGACCAAGGUCAUGGCCCUCGGGGACCUCGGCAAGCAGGGCAGCGGGGCAGUGGCCAUGGCUGAGCUGCAGGAUAACAAGAAGCUGAAGCUCCCAUCGCUGCUGCUGAGGGAGGGCAGCUCGGCCUCACUGCACAACAGCACCAACCGCAGCCCCAUCUUCUGGCUCAUGGUGCACAGCCUGGACCCCCUCGGGGAAGCCGCCAGGGACAAGGAGGAGGGCAGCAGGGACCAGGAGCCCAGAGCCACACGCCCAGCCCCAACAGAGAGCACCCGGGAAGAGGAGGCACCAACUGAGCCCCCCGAAGUCUCCAUCACGCCAGCCCUGGCGGCUGCCGACAACAGUCAGGGUGGAGAGGAGGCUGGGGCUCCGGGGGAGGGCAGAUGUGCAGAGCCCAGCGGAGGUGAAGCUCUCCAGGCAGGGGACAUGGAGGUCCUGGUAGGAGACACACUGGAUGGCGGAGGGGACUCAGAAGAGCAGCAAGUGACUGCGGCCACUGGAGAAGAAACCCAAGAUUGUGGGAAUGGUGAAGGGGAUGGCGAUGGGGGAGAUGAUGGAAGAGGCGCUGGAGAAGGUGAUGGUGAAGGUGAUAGAGGUGACAGAGGAGGUGAUGGAGAAGGUGACGGAGGAGGUGAUGGAGGAGGUGACAGAGAUGAUGGAGAAGGUGAUGCAGAAAGCAAUGGAGGAGGCGAUGGAGAAGGUGAUGGAGGAGGCGAUGGAGGAGGCGAUGGAGGAGGCGAUGGAAGAGAUGACAGAGAUGAUGGAGAAGGUGAUGCAGAAAGCAAUGGAGGAGGCGAUGGAGAAGGUGAUGGAGGAGGCGAUGGAGGAGGUGACAGAGAUGAUGGAGAAGGUGAUGCAGAAGGUGAUGGAGGAGGUGAUGGAGAAAAUGAUGGAGGAGGUGAUGGAGAAGAUGAUGCAGAAGGCGAUGGAGGAGGUGAUGGAGGAGGCGACAGAGAAGAUGAUGCAGAAGGUGAUGGAGGAGGUGAUGGAGCAGGUGAUGGAGAAAGUGAUGGAGGAGCUGAUGGAGAAGGUGGUGGAGAUAAUUAUGGAGAAGGUGAUGGAGAAAGCGAUGGAGGAGGUGAUGGAGGAGGUGGUGGAGAAGGUAAUGGAGACAGUGAUGGAGGAGGUGGUGGAGAAGGUGAUGGAGAAAGUCAUGGAGGAGGUGGUGGAGAAGGUGAUGGAGGAGGUGGUGGAGAAGGUGAUGGAGAAAGUCAUGGAGGAGGUGGUGGAGAAGGUCAUGGAGGAGGUGGUGGAGAAGGUGAUGGAGAUGGUGAUGGUGAUGCAGGAGGUGAUGGAGCCGGUGGCAAGAAGGAGGAGCAAAAGGAGAGUGAUGAUGAUGACGAUGACAAUGAAGACAAUGAUGAUGAUGAUGAGGAUGAUGAUGAGGAGGAGGAGGAGGAGGAGGAAGAGGGGGAGGAGCCGCUGUCCCUGGAGUGGCCGGACACCCGGCAGAAGCAGGCCAUAUACCUGUUCCUGCUGCCCAUCGUGUUCCCACUGUGGCUGACGGUGCCCGACGUCCGCAGGCUGGAGUCCCGCAAGUUCUUCAUCCUCACCUUCCUGGGCUCCAUCGUGUGGAUUGCCAUGUUCUCCUACCUCAUGGUGUGGUGGGCCCACCAGGUGGGGGAGACCAUCGGCAUCUCGGAGGAGAUCAUGGGUCUGACCAUCCUGGCGGCGGGCACGUCCAUCCCUGACCUCAUCACCAGUGUCAUCGUGGCCAGGAAGGGCCUGGGGGACAUGGCCGUGUCCAGCUCCGUGGGCAGCAACAUCUUCGACAUCACUGUGGGCCUGCCGGUGCCCUGGCUGCUCUACUCCGUCCUCAACGGGCUGCGGCCGGUGCCCGUGAGCAGCAACGGGCUGUUCUGCGCCAUCGUGCUGCUCUUCCUCAUGCUCCUGUUCGUCCUCUUCUCCAUCGCCUCCUGCAAGUGGCGCAUGAACAAGGUCCUGGGCCUCACCAUGUUUCUGCUGUACUUCGUCUUCCUGGUCAUCAGCGUCCUGCUCGAGGAUCGGAUCAUCUCCUGCCCCGUGUCUGUCUGAACUGGGGACGGGGGCUCAUCUCCUGCUCUGUGUCCAUCUGAACUGGGGACGGGGUCUCAUCUCCUGCCCCGUGUCCGUCUGAACAGGGGACGGGGUCUCAUCUCCUGCCCCGUGUCCGU